UGGUUGGAGAGCACUUGAACCUUCUUUGAAGGCUACUGACUAGGAUCCUGGCUGCGAGUUUUGGAGCCAUAAUACCCUACACUGCCCUGACCUCUUACUUUGUAGAGACCCAGACCAGAGCCCCUAUAGAGCUGACAGGCUGACGCUGGAAGCCAUGCUGGAGGAGACUAGAGAUAGGCCUAAGAUCAAGCUGGGCAUCCGCAAAUGCAAGAAUGCAUGGGGACAAUCGCCAACAAGUGUGACUGCCAAGGCCGUGCUGGUUUCCAGUAAAUGCUUGCGAAGGAGAUCGAGAGACCACUUGGCUUAGCUCCAGCACCUUCUGCGGCCCUCACCUGGAGACCUCUUACCCAGAGACAUAUAGACUGGAUCAUACAGGUGGAGCUAGAGGGGACCCAUGCUGGAGGGAGCCCAUGCUGGAGGGGGCCUACGCUGGAGGGAGCCCACACUGGAGGGAGCCCACGCUGGGGGGGACCCACGCUGGAGGGGACCCACACUGGAGGGGACCCACGCUGGAGGGAACCCACGCUGGAGGAAGCCCACGCUGGAGGGGACCCACGCUGGACGGGACCCACGCUGGAGGGGACCCACGCUGGAGGGAACCCACGCUGGAGGGAACCCACGCUGGAGGGAACCCACGCUGGAGGGAACCCACGCUGGAGGGAACCCACGCUGGAGGGGACCCACGCUGGAGGAAGCCCACGCUGGACGGGACCCACGCUGGACGGGACCCACGCUGGAGGGGACCCACGCUGGAGGGAACCCACGCUGGAGGGGAUCCACGCUGGAGGGGAUCCACGCUGGAGGGGAUCCACGCUGGAGGGGACCACAGGCACAAGACCAGGGGAAUGUGGUAACUGUUUACUUCUUUCUUGAAUGUAAAAAUAUAUCCUAGUUCGGUGUUGAUUUGCAUUGUUUAAGUAUUAACAGUGGCGGAUCAGAUGGGCAGAAUGGGAAGUGCAUUCAUCUUGUCUGUUUUCCUUUUUUUUCACUUCACUUGUGAUAUAUUCAAGACAGAAACUUUUCAACCACAUUGAAUAGCAAGUACAAUGUGCCCUGCUUGAAUGUUCAGGUUUGCAUCCUUUAUUGGCACCCCCCUCAUUUCUGUAAAUGUUGGAUCCGCCACUGAAUAACAUAGUAAUAUUUCUUUUAAUAUGUUUUUGGUAUUAAUCAUAUGUUAUGUGACACAGUAUGUCAAAACCAUGUUGUAUUAUCAAAUUUCAGAAAAAAGGGGUCUUUGUAAGAGUGAAGUCUAUAGAUGUAUCUCUUAUAAGACAUAUUAAGAAAAGUACGUUGUCAUUUGCACAACGCCAUUGUGCACGGUGAGACAAAAUGUUCUGAACACGUGCGCAUGUUACUCAAAUUUUCUGAAUUGAAAAAUUGAAAAAAGGUGCAGCCGAUGAGCGUCAAGAACAUUUGAAUCCAAAAUGCCGAGAUGCAUGUGGCAAUCUGUAGUCGCAUCAUUUGAGAGAGACCUAUAUGUCACUAAUAUUGCAGUAACUGAAAAUUGACUUCUUGCCCAAAUGUGCCUGAAUUUGACAUACCACGUCACAUAUAUAUGCUCUAUCAACUGAUAUUCCUGCCGUAAUUUGUGCAAAUUAAGUUGUUUUGUACAUUAAGGGUAAAAUGUACAUUGGGGAAAAAUGACUUGGUUUUGUGAAUUCAAAAAAAUCUGCUCAUUAAACAGGUACUUGAGAAACGUUUGCUCAUUGGCUAAUGCUAUUUACAAUACCACAAUAUCCAAAAAUUGAAAGGGGUAUUCCUGCCUGAAAUCCCCCAAAAUGUCAUGUUUUGUAUUGUUUACUUUUUUAAGGUCUGAUUGCAAGGAAACUAACCUUAUGCCUUACCGUCCCCUUAUGUCUUAACAUCUGAUGUGAAGGCAUAUACGCAUACGUUAAUCCUGUCCGGUCCAUUCAACGUUCAAUACACAGUGUGUGUCACAUAAACUACACAGAGCACCAACACAAAUGUUUUUUUCUGACGCAUCCACAGCUUGAUUUUCGAAAACAAAAUAUUGACCCCGGAAAUUUGUUCUCGCACGGUUCUUGCAAGAAUAACACAAACGCAGCCAGUUUUUAAUGGAUGCUUGUGUGGAAGUUUAUAUUUUACUUUUACUGUUCUUGCCAUUUAAUUGUAUCCAAAAGUGUUUUGUAGCCAAGUGGGUGCAUUCCAGGCGGUAAUGUGCCAUUAACCAUAACCCCUUGGGUAUUGUAAAUAGAAAGUAUCCUGAAUCCGCCAAAAUCCAUCAGUUUUGUCAUGCAAACAAAUGUUGGUAUCCAGUGAGUCCAG